UCUCCCUCUGCCCCACGCAAAGCACCCAAGGCGCCCACGGCCCUACGGCCUCGGCACCUCCCGCUCAAAAUCCUCGCCGCGCCGCGCGGAGCGCCGUAGUGCCCGAGUUCGCAUGAAGUGUGCCUCCUCGCGCCCGCAGCCAUGGGAGCUCAGCAGAGCGUCAACGCAGGGAAAGCCAAGGUGGAUAUGAAAGUCGAUCUCACCCACAUGCUGUGCGAGGCGCUGCUGCUGCCGCCCCUCAGAAGCUCUGGCGUCACGUUAUCACAAAUCGUUGGAAGGAUCUCUCUCAAACAUCCAAACCUCUUUGGGAGAAGUGAGAAGUUGGAUGUGAUAUUGGAUAAAGGAAUCAACGACUCCAAUUUUGUCAUUGCCUAUAGACGCCCUAGGGCUGAGUGGUUAUCACAGCAAUCAUUUGUAUUUCAGCACUCAAUGACACCAGAAGUUGCCGUCCAUGGAUUCCCAGCUGAUAACUUCACACGAUCAGGGAGCAGAGGGAUAAACCUUAGUCGAUUGUCAUUUGGUUUGGAGCUUAAUGAACCAGCUACAUCAAACUGGACAUCGGGAACCAGUGUUAAAUUUGAGAAUAUCCGUCCUGUUAAUAACCAGGGCCACUCUAUUGCCAGAGACCAUGAUGGUUUUCCUCUGACAUGCAGUGGUAAUCUCCAUGACAACAUGAUCAUCUUGAAGCAAGAAUCUGGUUAUGCAGAUGUCAAUGACAAUAGCUUCUUAAAAGUAAACUUCCAAAUGGAACAGGGAUUGCCACUUGUACCUAAGUCAUUGACCUUCAAUAGAGUUAAAUGUGCAGUUUCAAAAGGCAUUAAGUUGGGUCCGACAUUUUUGGUUACUAGUUUGACAGGCGGAUCCAUUGUUGGGGACAUGGCACCUUAUCAAGCUUUUGCCAUAGGUGGACUUGGUAGUGUCCGAGGCUAUGGUGAGGGCGCUGUUGGUUCAGGAAGACUAUGUCUAAUUGCUAACUGCGAAUAUACGAUUCCCUUGGUGAAGCAUCUGGAGGGUUCUAUUUUCAUGGACUGUGGGAGUGACUUAGGGUCUGCUCGUCAUGUCCCUGGUAAUCCAGCUCUGCGGCAGGGGAAACCAGGAUUUGGUAUUGGAUUUGGAUACGGACUUCACUUCAACACUGACCUAGGUCAGAUCCGUGUCGACUACGCUAUGAAUGCAUUUAACCGCAAAACCAUCUAUUUUGGAAUCAACAGUAGCGGUGGCUCUUAGGUUAUGAAAGACAUAGCUCUCACUUAACAUAGACUGGCAAUUCAAUUCGAUUCUUUUCCGUGGACAUAGAAGGGGAGUUCUUUUUCUUGACAGUGUGUUCCGGACAUGCCAGCAGAAUCUUAUUGUUUGUACUACGUGCUGGCAUUCAAAAGGUGUAUAGUUGGGAUCCACAAGAUGCAUUCUUCUUAUUAUUUAUUGUUAUGAUCUUUUUUUUGUGGGUGUGGGU